AAUUACGGCGUGCUGUUCCCGUUUCCUCCGGCCCAUAGCCAAUCAAGAAACGCUCCGCUCCGUCAGGUUGCCUCGGACUUUCCCUCCGCCACAUAACAACUGAUUUCCUCUUCGCCUAUACCAUUUUCGGCUGAUCCGUGUCUCUGUUCUGCAGUUGAUUUAGCUUUAAACUGCAUUUACACAGCCAUGCUUUUAGUAAAGAGGCUGUAUGUCUGUCUUGUAUUUAUUGUGGCUGCGACCUUCGUCUCCGCUGACCAGAUGACAGCAGCCACGGUGUACUGGGACCCCCAACACAAGAUUGUCCUGCUGAAGGAGGGGGUGCUGGAGACGGAGGGGGAUGCAUACGGGUAUCUGAAUGAUACCCUGUCCAGUACAGGCUGGAGCGUCUUGGAAAUCCGUGCCGGGUACGGACAGACCCCUGAAACUGAUGAGGUCACUUUCUUCCUGGCUGGCUACCUCGAAGGCUUCCUCACUGCCCAGCAGAUGAUGGACCACUACACCAACAUGUAUCCGCAGCUGAUCCACGACCCGAAGGUCCUUGGCCAGGUUCAGAGUUUUAUGGCGAAGCAGGACUCGUGGACCAGAAGCCAGGUGAAACUGAACAAGAGCUCUGAUCCUCUGUGGAAACAUGCAGGCUUCAUCGUGGCCCAGAUGGACGGGCUGCAAGCAGGAGUCGCAGACUGGGCCAAGAAAAAAGGGAAAAAGCCGCUGUCCCUGUUUGACGUCCAGUUCCUGAAUGCAGUGGGAGACCUGCUGGAUCUGAUCCCAGCCUUGGUCCCCAGCUCCAACCCUCUUCUCAGAGACUUCAAACUUCCAGGGAUGGGACACUGCUCUGCACUCAUCAAGAUGCUGCCCGGCUUUGAGAACCUCCUGUUUGCCCACUCCAGCUGGUACACCUACGCUUCCACAAUGCGGAUCUACAAACACUGGGAUUUCCGUAUCACUGAGCCCCACACAGCCACUGGCAAACUGUCCUUCAGCAGCUACCCUGGUUUACUGGUGUCUCUGGAUGACUUCUACCUCUUGGGCAGUGGUCUGAUGAUGACUCAGACCACCAACAAUGUCUUCAACGCCUCCCUUUUUGACACCAUCACCCCCAGCAGCCUGCUGGCUUGGCAGAGGGUCAGGCUGGCUCACAGUUUGGCACACAACGGAGAAGAGUGGGCCAAAACCUUCUCCAUGUACAACUCUGGUACCUACAACAACCAGUACAUGGUGUUGGACAGGAGCAAAGUGAAGCUGGGCUACAGUGUUGAUGACGGCGCUCUGACUGUGGUGGAGCAGAUUCCUGGGCUGGUGGAGUACUCUGACCAGACUCAGGCUCUGCGCAGAGGUUACUGGCCGUCCUACAAUGUUCCCUUCCACCAGAAGAUCUACAUGCUGAGUGGUUAUGAAGAAAUGUGGAAGGACUAUGGAGAGGACUUCUCCUAUGAUCUCUGUCCCAGAGCCAAGAUCUUCCGCCGUGACCAGGCUGAUGUCAAGGACCUAGACUCCUUGAAGCACAUCAUGAGGUCCAAUGACUACAAGAAGGAUCCUUACUCCAAGGAUGACCCCUGCAAGUCCAUCUGCUGCCGUGGUGACCUGAGGGCAGAGAAGCCUUCACCCGAAGGUUGCUAUGACACGAAGGUAACAGAUUUCCACAUGGCUGGGGACUUUGGUGCGGAGGCGGUGAACGGGCCAACGACGCAGGAUGGACUCCCGCCGUUCUUUUGGGAUAAAUUCAGCAGCAUCAGCCACCAGGGUCUGCCGCGGUACUACAACUUCACCUUUGUCAGGAUGCGGCCUCUUCUCUUCAAGCCAUGAGAUGUGUGUGCGUGUGUGUGUGUGUGCGUGUGUGUGUGCGUGUGUGUGUGUGUGUGUGUGUGUGUGUGUGUGUGUGUGUGUGUGUGUGUGUGUGUGUGUGUGUGCGUGUGUGUGUGUGUGUGUGUGUGUGUGUGUGUGAGUAAGACAGAGAGAAACGCUUUCUGUCUGAUGCUUUCAGAGGAAUGAAUGAUCAAGCUGAAUCUGAUGUUUCUUUUGUUGAUCACACAUCCAUUUACACAAUGAUGAUUUUUAUUUAAAUGAUUGCUUAAAGUUCAGAAUUGCGUCCCAGGGUAUGUUGGAUGAUUUACUUUGGAAUACGGUAGAAAUGAGUAGUAUUUUUAUACUUUGCUGCAGCCAUUUGUGCCUUGAACACUGAGGGUGACUAUGAAAUGCAGAAUCAAUGCACUAAAUCAGUGGUUAUGAGGUCUUCAGUCCUUUUCUAAAUGUUUGAAUGUCUUCAUACAUGCAAACACUAUUAUUUCACAGGUAAAUGAAACACUCAGGGAUGUUGAUCUUUGCAUGUGCUGUGAUUUAUGCUUAUCUAUCUCUUGUACUGUGCAAAAUGAAAAUAUCUCAGGUUUGUAUUUCUGUGUAAGCCUGUGUUUCUUAUAUAAUAUGAUAUGCAAUAGUGCACAUCUGCAUCAUGCCGUGUUAAUUGUUUAUUAAAGUUUUACAGUAUGA